GACCGUUCCAAGACGGAUUGAGUAAUUUGAGUAAUUUGAGUAAGGAGUAUCGUCUGGGCGAAGAGGCUGCGUCAAAUUUUAAGAAGUCUCGAGGAACGUGCGGAAAGAUAAAUAGAAGCAUGUUCUAAAUUCUGCCUUGCUUGGGAGAACACCAAACAGCAACCGAUUCUUCAGCUGAACCAGUCCUUAGCUUUUCGCAGUCUUUUUCUUGCCAUCCACUCCUUUCUACUUCGCUCCAGACAGUUAUCAUAUCCGUUCUCUUUCUUGUCUUGCUUCCCUUGUCGACGGACAUUUCUACUACCUAGCUUAAUAAUAAUAAAAAAUGGCUGCCCCUCAAACAUCUACCCAGGCCCGCGCAGGCCCUAUCGACAACCGCGACGUCGAGGAAUGGACGCAAAGAUUCAACGAAGUCCUCGCGAAACCUGGCGAGGUCAUCCACUCCAGCUCGCCCGCGUCGGCUCAGAGCUGGAACAACUCCCUCUUCGCCUGCUUCAACCCCAUCGACCUGUGCCUCGUGAGCUGCUGCUUGCCUUGCGUCACUUUCGGGAAGACGCAUCACCGCCUCAACCGGGAUGCCAACCUAGACGGCUAUGAGCCCGUCAACACGUCGUGUCUCCUAUUUUGCGCUUCGUCUUGCGUGGGCCUUCACUGGAUCCCCGCCGCCAUGCAACGCGCCCAGGUCCGCGCAAAGUUCCACCUCCAAGGCACCUGCCUCGGCGACCUCGCCCUCUCGUGCUGCUGCGCUUGCUGCUCUCUGGUCCAGCAGGAGAAAGAGGCGCAGGAGAAGGCUCCCCCGGCUGCCCAGGCCAUUCAGCAGGAAUACCAGCCCUCUGCCGAUAUGGCCUACCCCGGAAAACGUUGAGACUUCGGUGCUUAGAUGAGCGUUAUUGCGGAGUAGACGGCAGGCUUUUGUUUCGGUUAAAUCUGGAUUCUGCUCGGACGUCGGUGCUCGAAUGCGGGAUCCGUUUGGUAAUGGAAUGGAUAUAUUGAGAUCAUGAGAUGGAAUACCCGUAUACCACCAGUCCCCAGUAUGGAUAGUAAUAUAUGCCUAUUUGUGCAAGGCCUCAACAGGUUCUGUAAAAAAAAAAAAAAAAAUCCAGACAAGUGUUCCCCUGCAAAAUGCAAUUCUA